AGGCGUUGGGACAGUUUACAAAGGUUGGGCGGUGGGCUGUUACCUCCAGGCUGUGGGGAAGUGGUGUCAAUCCUGGGUAUCUUCUCAGAACUCGCUAUGCCUGCUUGAAAUUUAUGUCCCCCUGCCCCCCCAAAAAAAACCCCGCCCCAAGGAAGAGUUGAAAUUACAACCUUAUUUUUGUCUACACCCCUGAUUCUCCCAACGCAGGCUUAAUAAUAAAACACUGUUUCUGUAUGUUGCAAAAGUGACUGGGUUGGGGCCUGAAAAGGGGGGACAGUGUCCAGUGGAGGAAGGUUCCCUGUAGCCAAGUGCCUGCAUCCAAACAGGUCGAGAGAGAUUCAGCACUUUUUAACCGUGGCUACUCAGAUUGCUGUUAUGAAACACAAGUCAGAUUUAUGAUCUUUUUCAUACCGAACACGAUAUGCUAUGCUAACACUGCGUGUGACGGUUUAAUCAAAUCCAUUUGUUACCAGGAAGCUAAAAGGGGCCGUUGGGAUUUUAGGAUUACGGGCAGAGUUAGGGAAGCAUGUGGCUUUGUCAUUCGCCAUCAUUUUACUCCGCUCCCUCGUCCCUUCCCCCACCGCCUGCCUCCCUAGCCACUAGACCCUAGCUCCCAAAGUGGCUUCACAAUAGUGGAUCCUGGGCCCUGGAUGCUGCGCAUCAGACCUACGCUUGGGCCCCAAAUCCAAGCCAUUCCCCCCUUCGACUUUCCGCCUCCGGGUUUGGUGCUCCAUGCGAAGCUGCGGCGAUUCAGGCAAGCCUAAGUCAACUCAUGCAGAAACAGGAGAAAAGUUUUGGCAUACAAAUGCUCUCAGUUCAGCCAGACACCAAGCCGAAAGGUUGUGCUGGCUGCAACCGCAAAAUCAAGGACCGGUAUCUCCUAAAGGCGCUGGACAAAUACUGGCAUGAGGACUGCCUGAAGUGUGCCUGCUGCGACUGUCGCUUGGGAGAGGUGGGCUCCACUCUGUACACGAAAGCUAACCUCAUCCUUUGCCGCAGAGACUACCUGAGGCUGUUCGGUGUAACGGGAAACUGUGCUGCCUGUAGCAAGCUCAUCCCUGCCUUUGAGAUGGUGAUGCGUGCCAAGGAUAAUGUGUACCACCUGGACUGCUUUGCCUGUCAGCUUUGCAACCAGAGAUUUUGUGUUGGAGACAAGUUUUUCUUGAAGAAUAAUAUGAUCCUCUGCCAGACAGACUAUGAGGAAGGCCUAAUGAAAGAAGGUUAUGCACCCCAAGUCCGCUGAGCCAUCAACAUCAUCCCCAACAACACAAAGCACUACAUUCUUUUAUCUUUUUUGCUCACAUGUAUAUAAGAAUUGACACAGGAACCCACUAAAUAGGGUAGUGAUAGGGCAGCAGGAUGACCACAUGGAAUAAAAGGCGGACUGCAUCUGUAUGUAGUGAAAUUGCCCCCGUUCAAGAGUUGAAUGUUCAUUAUUAAAAAAAGAAAAGUAAUGUAUAUAUUGCUGAAUUUUUUUGCUUGCUACUCGUUUUUUUUUUUUUUUUUGUGUCACUUGGCAUGAGAUGUUUAUUUUGGACUAUUGUAUAUAGUGUAUUGUAAUAUCUGAAGCACAAAUGUAAUACAGUUUUAUUGUGUUACCAUUUGUGUUUUGUUUGCUCCUUUGUAUUGUUGCAUUUAGUACAAUCAGUGUUUAAACUUACUGUAUAUUUAUGCUUUCUGUGUCUACCAGCUAUUUUCAAUGAGCUGUACCUUUCUAGUAAGAACUGAAGAGCAAACCUCACAGAUGACACACAGAUAAAGCAAGACUAUCAACAUUAGAAUACCACAAUAAAUAAACACACACACACACACACACACACACACACACACACGAAGCAGUUAGUGACAUCCACUUCUUAUGGCUACUACAGUUUGAUGUAUCCAUGUUUUCAUGAUAACCCCUAUUUUCAGGGGGCUAAAGAUCAGCUUUAAAAAAACGAUAAAGAUUUCAUCUUCAAGCACUUUCAUUUUAUACCAACAUGAAAAGCGCCAUUUUCAGAAUGACUUUAAGGCCUAGUGAUGCCCUUUUAAUAUUCUUUAAUGUGCUCUUUACUUUCACUAUAGAUUUAUUCCACUUUUUUCCCAACCACACACCCUGUGUGAACUAGUGCCUUUGGGUAGCAUGUAAACAAUUUCCAAAGGGUUACUCUAAAUGAGAAAGGUAUUGCCACAAUUAUGUCAUAAUUUAAAAAUUUUCAAUUCCUUGUCUAAAUUCUGUGCAGCUUUCUCCCUAGGAGAUGAGGGCUUUACAUCUGACGGUUCAUGACCAUGGCACUGAAGAGACUUGACUGUGAAUCUACUGAAGUUAGCAUGACGCACUAAGACUACGGCAGAACAGUCAGACAGUGAUCUGUACCUAUGAAGGUACAGAAACAUACAGAAAAAAAAAAGGAUUGGUAAUAAGCUGAGAACUGUUUGGUGGCUACAUAUUUCAACUGCCAUACUUUAAUGUUCAAAACACUUCAAAUUUGGUCUGUCGCACUUUCUCAGCCCCUCUUGUUCUUUGCCAUCUUCCAACCCAGAUUAUGUAACGUUGGGCUUCUCUCUUAUCAUUCCAGUUCUGUUUUGUUGUUUUGUUUUGUUUUUUUGUUUGUUUGGUUUUUAUUUGUUUUGUUUAAAUGGUGAAGUGUUUUCCCCUUAUUUAAAUGAUAGCUGAUGAAGAAGAAUGUUCUAGAAACAGAAACUGUGGGAAAUGAUUACUUAAAUUGCAAUUAAGAAAAUAAAAAUAAGAAUAUGGUUCCCUCUUCUGCUCA